AAGCAUUUCCAAACAUCAUCAAUCCACAAUUCAUAUACAUAUAUAUAUCACCUCCUCUGCCACGUUAGACAUCAUCUCACACUCUCAAUCUCCACAUAUGAAUUCAAUGUUUGUGUCCUCCUCAAAUUCAUUAUUUGUAUCAUCACUUCCUCUAGGGGGUACUAAAAUAAGCCUGGACCGACGGUCUUCAAAUCCGUCUAGUGUCAGAUUCCGCCCAGUGAAAAUUGUAGCUGCAACUGCUACCACCUCUGUUUGUUUUGAUAUGGCUUCAUGUUCAUCUUUGUAUGAUGUUUUGGGAAUUCCGGUGAGUGCUUCCGGUCACGAGAUCAAGGCGGCCUACCGGAGACUGGCACGAACGUGCCAUCCAGACGUUGCGAGCAUGAAUCAGAAAGAAUGGUCGGCCAAUGAAUUUAUGAAGAUUCAUGCUGCUUAUUCCACCCUGUCGGACCCUGAGAAAAGGGCUCAUUAUGACCGGGAUCUGUUUAGGGUGGGACGGGGGUUAGGCUCGUUUUCAGCCAUGCCGGCGGCUUCAUGGAAGUCGUCGGAGUCGGCAUAUUCAGGCUUCACGCGCCGGAAUUGGGAGACUGACCAAUGUUGGUAGCAGAGAAUUAAGACAUUGUACUAACCAUGUUUUGGUUUUGUUUUAUGUAGCAUAUAUUUUUUACACUUUUUACAAAAUUAGAAGUUUUGAAUGUAAUAAUUAUUCGGUUGCAGGUGCCUGAUUUUGGUACUACAUUGUAUUUCUUUUAAAUUUGAGGACAUUCAUAUAUUGCGUUUUGACAUUAUCAACAA